GUUUUGUGUGGUGUGUUGAAGUUUCUUUCUUUUUAUGACAGCAUGUGGGGUAUGGUUUAAUGAAUUUACCUUUUCCUUCAUCCUUAUAUUAUUUGCAUUCACAUUCACAUUCACAUUUUGGACUCUACAUAACAUAAUAAGAUCCACCACCACCACCACCACCGGAGUUCAUGGCGGAUGGACAUGGACCCACCAUCCCCACCACUGCAACCAACACCACCGCCACAAGGCCAAAAAGACCACGUCCACCUUCAGGUCGUACUAACCUAGCCUCAUGUGUGGUAGCCACAAUCUUCUUGAUUUUCGUCAUCAUCGUCAUCCUAAUAGUAUACUACACAGUUUUCAAACCACAAGACCCAAAGAUCGCCGUCAACGCCGUUCAACUUCCCUCAUUCUCAGUCGUUAACGGCACCGUUAAUUUCACUUUCUCCCAAUACGCCUCCGUUAGAAACCCUAACCGCGCUGCUUUCUCUCACUACGACAGCUCCCUUCAACUCCUCUAUUCCGGUAGCCAGGUCGGGUUCAUGUUCAUUCCCGCCGGCCAGAUCGACGCCGGAAGGACACAGUAUAUGGCCGCAACUUUCUCUGUUCAGUCUUUUCCGUUGUCGGCGCCGCCGAAUAUGGGUCCCACACUUGCGAACGGAGACGGUGUAGGGUUUAAUUUCGGGUUGAGGAUUCAACCGACGAUGGAGAUUGAAUCGAAGUUGGAAAUGGCGGGGCGCGUGAGGGUUUUGCAUUUCUUCAGUCACCAUGUGACCGUUAAAGCCGGUUGCAGAGUUGCCAUUGCCGUCACCGAUGGCUCUGUGUUAGGUUUUCACUGUUAAUUCUUCUUUUUCUUUUUCUUUUGUAACUGUACAAUUUAGAGGUAAUUCUAGAUAUAUUAAUCAUAGUAAUUGUCAGUGAUGUUGAGGAAGUUAGGUACCAAAAUCAAAAUUGUAAAGAUGAAUUUUUCGAUUUUCCCUUUCGGAAUGCAGAGUUUUGUUGUUGUUCAAUUUAAUUAAGAAUGCGUUGAUUGAUUAUGUUAGUGAAACUAUUCUAAUCUGAAA